AUAAGACCAACUUGGGAAGUGCCAUAGUGCCACCAAGUGGUGUUUUUUUUUUGUCUCCCCUGCCUACAAGGAAAACUGCGGAGGCGAUGGAUCUAACUGGUGUGGGAUACUGAAAAGGUUUAGGUCCUCGUUUGUGAAUUAUACGUCGGAGUAGUUUGUUAUAACUCAUUUGACUGCGCUAUCGCAGAGAUUGUCGACACUCGUCCAUGUUUCUGGGUCUAUACUACAAGUAGCACGGUCAACUUUGGAUGCGCUUACGCCAAGUUUUGACCAUGUCAUUCAAUCGCAUCGUCGCAAUGUUGGUUUUCUACUUUACAUGUGAUUUACCGGGACUAAACGGCGAAGUUGAUUCUGAGGCCACAUACAACAGCUACAAUGAAGUGGCUUCAGAGGACGACUACGCUCCUAGACUGGACUACAACAAUCCACGGUGGUGUCACUCUCCAACACUGGUCAAUGGGGAGGUGACCUGUAUCUCCCCUCGUGGAGGGCACUACCGCAGUACCCUGGGUACCCGCUGUGAGAUGACCUGCGACCGCGGAUACAAACUGAUUGGGAAGAGUUCGCUUCAGUGCCUGGCCAAUCGCCGCUGGUCUGGAACGGUGUACUGUCGCCAGGAGCGCUGCCGCGUGUUGCCCCUCAUCUUCCAUGGCAAGUACACCUGCACCCAUGGCUUUGUGGUGGACUCCAGGUGUGAGUUUACCUGUGACCCCGGGUACCGCAUUGAGGGGGAACACUCUCGUACCUGCCUGGAAGGGGGGUCCUGGAGCUGGGCUGAACCCGUGUGUUCAGAUCAUGAGCCUCCCAAGAUCAAAUGUCCUCCAUCCAGAUUCAAGAUUGCUGAGCCUGGAAAGUUAACAGCCAGGGUGUCCUGGGAUCCCCCUGUAGCCACAGACACUGCUGAUAAAACACUCGAGGUAAUAUUAGUGGGCCAGGGGCCAGACACCGACUUUAAAGAGGGGAUAAACGUUGUUCGGUACAAAGUGUACGACCAGGCUAGGAACAGAGCUGCUUGCAAGUUUGUUGUGCGUGUUGAGGUGAAAAGAUGCCCGGCUUUAAAGCCUCCUCUGCAUGGCUACCUAAGCUGCACCUCAGAUGGAAAUAACUAUGGUGCCGUGUGCGAGUACCACUGUGAUGGAGGACACGAAAGGAAGGGGGUGUCCAGCCGUGUGUGCCAGUCCAACCGCAGCUGGGGUGGAGCCCCUGCUGAGUGUGUUUCAAUGGAAUUUAAAUCAGAUGUGAAGACGGCUUCUGCCCUCUUGGAUCAGUUCUAUGAGAAGAGGAGGCUGCUGAUUGUAUCUGCACCUGACAUAGCUGACCACGACUACAAGUUGCAGAAUCUCAUGAUACAGAAAUCAGGCUGUGGUUUGGAGCUGCGACAUGUGACUGUGAUUGAGCUCUUGGGUUCUCCGCCUCGGGAACAAGGCCGCAUCAAAGAAAAACAACUCACAUCUGAAGUCGCUGAGGGUCUGAGGCAAGCCUUCAGAAUCUCCAGAUCCUACUUCAGCAUGGUGCUGCUGGAUGAACACGGAGUGGACCGAGAGAGGUUCAUCACCACUGUGACCUCAGAUGAGAUUUUCUCAUAUAUUGAUAGCUUCCUGUUGGAUGAGGCGGAGCGAGAGAGGCUGGAACUCUAUAGAGACUUCUGUGACUAACCCAACAGAGCCCUCUGGUUGCUACAGGGAUAAGUGAAUCAGUGUUGUUAACUGAAAGGGAUUAGGAAUAACAGACAACAAAUGGCCUGCAAAACAGGUUGAGAGGACCCUGAAAGGGAAAUGAGGACAAAAGGAAUAAUCUGGUUACUCAUGCUCACUCGUGAUCACCGAGUUGACAGCAGUGGUAAAUUCACCAAGCAUCACAGCCAGAAAUUGGCCCAAGUAUGACACAUAACUAAGCCAAGACAGAACUUUACCAGUUGUGUAUACAAGGGCUUGUUUUGCAUUGAAACCUACACUAGUUCCGACAUUUGGUUCACACUUGAUUUGUGAAGCCAGGUGAUAGAUAUAUACACACACUAGAGUUGGAACAACAGUAGAGGGUUUCUGGUUUAGAUAUUGAAUUUUUAUUGGACAAAUAGUAUAAUUAAUAGAGCCUAUUGAGUAAACUGUAUUCUUCUUGCACUUAAGACUAGGUGGUACAUCUUAGCAAUUUACCUUUCAGGCUAAAAACAAGACAAAAAUUAAUUAAAUUAAAAAUCCGACUUUAUAUAUUGUAUAAAUAUAGGAUUUCUUAUGAGCAGCAACAUGAAUUAAUAUGGUGCAUGUACGGAUAUGGAUUCAACUAAACACCUUGUGAGAUACUACAAGAAAUUUUAACAGAAUAACCAGUGGCUUGAAUGUAACAACACAAUAUAGCUGUACACGACUGUAGAAUAAAGAGUGACGUAUCUAUAUAACAAUUUUCAUAAGUGCUGUGUGCAAUUUUAAAUAUAUAGAAAACUAAAAUUGAAAAACAAACACCUAUUUUAAAUCUCUUCAGGGUGUCAAGUUACUUAAAAUAAAGCGUGAGCAUAUUAAUUUAUAGUUUUAGCACACCGGUCUGCCGUCAUAAGAAGCUUUGCCCUUGAACUACAUCAGAGGGGCUCAAGAAUGGUACUAUAAGACUGCAGAUAUACACACCAAACAGAGAGGCAGGUGUUCCAGACCAGUUAACUGUAUCUACUUACUUACAGCCAGUGCUUAUCACUCUGUUCACUUCGAGCAAACAAGCUUCUGGUCUGCUCAGCUUGCAAGUUCAAUCAAAGUCAAAAGUCUCUCUUAGCCCCCACAGAUUCUCCUCAUAUCAGUGUACAUAAGACUUACU